AUGAUUCACAGUUUGUCUCUUUGCCUCUGUCCUCUCCCCCAGCUUGUCAUCUUUGAGCAGGAGAACUUCCAGGGCCGCUGCCACGAGCUGACCGGCCCGUGCCCCAGCCUGAGGGAGGGAGGAGUGGAGAAAGUGGGGUCCAUCCUUGUUCAGUCUGGACCCUGGGUGGGCUACGAGCAGCCCAAUUGCAAGGGGGAGCAGUUUGUGUUUGAGAAGGGGGAGUAUCCUCGCUGGGACUCCUGGACCAACAGUCGCCGUAGCGACAGCAUCGCAGCAUUCCGGCCCAUCAAAGUGGACAGCCAGGAGCACAAGAUCGUUCUGUACGAGAACCCCAACUUCUCUGGCAAGAAAAUCGAAAUUGUAGAUGACGACGUUCCCAGCUUCCAUGCUCAUGGAUACCAAGAGAAGGUCUCCUCUGUCCGAGUGCAGAGCGGAACCUGGGUGGGGUACCAGUACCCUGGCUAUAGGGGCUACCAGUACCUGUUUGAGAAAGGGGAGUACAAGGACAGUGCGGAGUUUGGGGCCCAGCACCCCCAGAUCCAAUCCGUCAGACGCAUUCGCGACAUGCAGUGGCACCAGAGGGGGGCCUUCCACACCACUAACUGAGUCCUCUGACCUCUGACCUCCAACCCUGGCCUGACCCCUGGCCCUUGCCUCCACCCAAAUGAGUGUCCAUUCAAAUUCAACUGCUAAAACGAACCAAUAAAAAGUUUGAGCUUCACCAUCA